AUGGAUGAUGGACGUCGUCCAUGGACGAUAUGGACGUCCAUCGUCCAGGUUUUAUUGGAAGAAACCAAAAAAAAAAAACAACUGCAAACUGAUUCUAUGAAUGAUCUUCCAGCUAAAGUGAAUCUGGACAGCCAUCGAUUUCACUUCAAUGUCACGUACUACAAAGAAGUAUUGGGAGUCCUAAAAUCAAUCAGCGCCUCGAAAGCCGCUGGUCUGGAUAAUAUCCCUCCUAAGCUGGUCAAAGAUGCUGCAGAAGAGCUUGCCACGUCAUUCACUACCCUUGUAAACCGUAGCUUGACGUGUGGACUUUUUCCAACCGCUGAAAAAGCUGCCAAGUAUCACCAAUUUAUAAGUCUGAAGAUAAAACGGCUCUUGACAACUACCGACCCAUUUCAGUGUUACCAGUGUUUUCAAAAGUACUGGAAAGAGUCGUCUAUAAUUGCUUGUCAUACUACCUUGAGGAAAACAAUCUUCUUAAAGAUUCCCAGUAUGGAUUUCGUCAAAAGCGGUCAACCAAGCACGCCGUGA